AUGAUUGAAGAAAACCACACAAAGAUGACUGAAUUUGUUUUUGUAGGUUUAGUGGAUAGUCCAAAGAUGGAGCUGCUCUCUUUUAUUGUGAUACUAAUUAUCUAUUUAAUUACACUGACUGGCAAUCUGGGGAUGAUCAUAUUAAUCAGGAUAAGUUCUCAGCUCCAGAGCCCUAUGUAUUUCUUCCUCAGUCAUUUGUCUUUCUUAGAUUUUGGGUAUUCUUCAGCCAUUGCCCCUAAAAUGCUAGCUAACAUACUGGCAGACAAGAAAAGCAUUUCAUAUGCUAAUUGUGCUGCACAGAUGUAUAUUUUCAUUUUCUGUGCAAGUACUGAGUGUAUCCUCCUGGCAGUGAUGGCGUAUGAUCGGUACGUGGCUAUCUGUAAUCCUCUCCUCUAUGUGGUUACCAUGUCUCCCAAAGUGUGCACUGUGAUGGUGGCUGGAUCUUAUCUUAUUGGCUUGGUGAAUGCAGUGACACAAACAGUUUCUACCUUUCAGCUCUCUUUUUGUGGCUCUAAUGUCAUCAACCAUUUUUUCUGUGAUGUUCCCCCUUUGCUGUCUCUUUCUUGUAGUGACACAAGCAUCAACGAAAUGGUGCUCUUCAUUUUUGCAACAAUUCUGGGUAUAUUUACUUCAACAGAAAUUAUGGUGUCAUAUGCAUUCAUUUUGACAGCAAUUCUGCAGAUUAAUUCUUCUGAGGGGAAACAAAAGGCUUUUUCAACAUGUGCCUCUCACAUGGCAGCUGUAACCAUCUUCUAUGGAACAUCUGUCUUUAUGUAUCUGCGCCCAAGUUCCAGCUACGUUCUGGGUCAGGAUAAAUGGGCCUCCGUCUUCUAUACCAUAGUGAUUCCAAUGCUGAAUCCUUUGAUCUAUAGCCUGAGGAACAAGGAAGUCAAAAAUGCCCUCCCCCGGGUAGUGGCCAGAUGA